CUUCCUCCCCGGUGCCUGGGCCCGGGCGCCGCGCCGCGCCGCCGAUGGAGCUGGAGGCGCAGUGGUGGACAGGACAGCUGGCGGCCGACAUCCACCAAGCGCUUCGAUACAAGGAGCUAAAGCUGCCCCCUUACAAAGGCCAGUCUCCCCAGUUACACCUGAGAAGAUACUUUGCAGACCUGAUUGCCAUUGUGAGCAACCGCUUCAGGCUGUGUCCCGCUGCGCGCCACCUGGCUGUGUACCUGCUGGACCUCUUCAUGGACCGCUACGACAUCUCCACACAGCAGCUGCACGUGGUUGCUCUGUCCUGUUUACUUUUGGCAAGUAAAUUUGAAGAAAAGGAAGACAGUGUUCCCAAACUUGAACAGCUGAACAGCUUGGGUUGUAUGACUAACAUGAAUUUGGUACUCACAAAACAGAAUUUGCUUCAUAUGGAGUUGUUGUUGCUAGAAACAUUUCAGUGGAAUCUGUGCCUUCCAACUGCUGCUCAUUUCAUCGACUAUUAUCUUUCUAUUGCUGUCCAUGAGACUGAUCUUCAUGAUGGCUGGCCAAUGGUUUGCUUAGAGAAGACUAAGUUAUACAUGGCAAAAUAUGCUGAUUACUUUCUGGAAGUAUCAUUGCAAGAUCAUGAAUUUUUAAAUUAUGCCCCUUCUUUAGUUGCUACUGCAUGUGUAGCUUCUUCAAGGAUUAUCCUGCGUCUGUCACCCACGUGGCCCACGCGGCUGCAUCACCUCACUGCCUACUCCUGGGACUUCCUGGUGCCGUGUAUUGAGCGACUCUUAAUUGCGCAUGAUAACGACGUGAAGGAAGCAAACAAGCAGAAAGGACAACAGGCUCAGUCUGCCCAGCACGCCGUGUUUCAGCCCCCAGCUCCCAGUGCCCAGCAGGCCAAUGCUCAGCAGCACCAGCACGUACCACAGUACCUGCAGGCUCACCAGCCCUCCUUGCAGUUCCACCACCCAGCAUCACAGCAGCAGAGCUGCCAGCAGAUACUGUCAUCCACUCACACAGCCUCCUACCCGCUGCAGAGCUGCCCUGCUGCCCUACAGAGCAGUGCUCAGGCUCGAGGCCACGUGCAGACGGGCGCUGCCAUGUCCCUGGCUGUGCCGCUGGACGUGAAGCCGUGCAUCAGUGUCUCCUACAACCGGACGUACCAAGUGAACGGACGAUAUUCCUGCAUUACUCCCUGCUUUGAGAGGUGAUAAGUACAAAAUGCUUUUGUGCUUGUUUGUUUUUUGGGGCAGAGAGUUGUGUGGAAAACGGUUUCAUUUUGUUAAACCUCAAAGUUGGAGGGCAAAAAAUUGAAUUCAAAAAGGUGUCAUCCCAGGAAAGAAAGCAACUGGACUGGCAACCGGUACCACAGCUCAAAUAGCAGCCUGCAAAAAGUUAGCACACAGACCAUCCUCUGAAAAAGAAUCUGUAUGCUUGGGGAUAAUGUGUUCUUCCUCUGACACUCAGAAUAUUCUGCUUCUAAUGUGUGUCUGUGAAAUACUACUUAAAAAAAAAGCCAGCUGUGGACUAACUACAGACUUAUCUUUUAAUGAAGGAGAUAUGCAGUAUUAUUUUGAAGACAUUUGUGUCAUCCCACCGUACAGUAUUAACACUUACUUUAUACUUACUGAAACUUAAGAAUCCACUGAAUGCCAGACUUCUGCAGGUACAUGGAGAUCACAGGAAGAAACAAAUCUCAUGUGGCUAGCUCCAUCAUCUUGCCCCUUUUUCACCACUGGUGUUGGUUAUUUGCUUUAGGCUAACACACGUGAAUUAACUGGUAUUUUGGCUAGUUUUUUAAGUUUUGUACCUUACAGGACAGACAGUAUAUUUUUGCCUCUUUUAUCCUCCCUAUCUUUUUUGUGUUUAAAGUAACUCUUUCAUACUAACUCAGGGACUUUUCUACUCGUUACUCUGUGCUGCUGGUUUGUACACUAAUUGGGUUUAACUCGGGGAAGGAAGGCAGAGGGGGAAGAGACUAUAGCAAGUGGAGUGGCUUUUCUUCAGGGCAUCUAUGCAGAGUACCAAAGGGAUAUGUUAGUGUUCACAGAAUGUAGAUGUGAACUACUGCCCAGCAGUGUGAUAAUUGAAGAAAAGAGAAAGUUUCAACUGAAAUUGUACUGUACCAGAACUACUUACAGUGGCUGUAAUUCCUCUUUGUGCACACACACAAAUACAUGAAUACUGUUAACCAACAGAAAGCAUCCUCCAGUUGUAGUGACAGUACCAUCCCUACAGAAAAAGUACACUUAAAUGCUGAUAGAAAUCCAGUUCUGUCAUGUUUAUAGUGGAGGAAAAUUCUCAGGUAAUAAAGGGGCAACUUUUUCUUCUGCUAUUUGGGAGUUCCAGAAGAAGAUGUAGAGAUUUGCUCUUCCAAGUGGGUGGAUCAAAAAUAUUUAGCAGAGUGAACUCCUUCACCACAAGUAAGGUGCUAAUAAUAUAACUUUAUGGAAUUACACUGUCUCCUGUGGAGUGGAUAGUCUGAGGGUAGAAAGCUUCACUCAUCCACCUCUUGGAUGAAAAUUAUGGUAGAGAUAUUAACAGAGAUGGUUUUUGGGGUCCUUUUGUGUGUUUGUUGCGUUUUUUUUUUUUUUUUUUUUUUUUUACGGGGGUGUUUUGUUUUUUCUUUAAAUACAAGAAGAUAUCAGACUUUCUCCUGUGGUAGAAUGUGGGAGGAAGUGGUAUGAAUAACAGGAUUCUUACUGCUUUAAAAUAUCUUUAUAGUACAUGGGCUUAAGGCUUUUUUUGGUAGUUUCAUUUGUUUUUUCACCAUCUUCUUCCCUGUCUUAGUGGCAGCACUUAAAGUUGUGUUCCAUCAAAUGACACUGAAUUAUUGUGAAUCUUACAGAAACUGUUUUGAAAGCAGGGGCAAUUAAAUUACAUUAUCAAUACGAAGAUGAAAGCUUUAUCAUCACAAUGUUCAGAAUGGAGGAGGACAGCUGUGUUCAUUCUUUCUAGAGCUAAAUUAUAACAUGCUACAAAAAACCUAUUUAUUGCUGAGGAGAAGAAAUCCUGUUUCUCUUGUUUUGUCUUAAAUUCCAAUUUCUGUUGUGGGCUUUUGUAGCAUAGAUGUGCAAGUCAAGAAGAAUAGGAGGAUGAAUGGAAAAGAUGACCCUCUCCCUUUUAUCCUAGAGAAUCAACUUUGAAAUAGGCAUAGUGUGGUCAAUUCCUUAUUAAAAUGAAAGUUGGUUUGGUUUUUUCCUCUCCUCUCUUCAUCUCUUGAUGAAUAUUUCCCUGUGUCUGAGAGUAGUGUUAAGUAGAGACUUUCCACCUUAUAAGAUGCCAUGCUUUUCACUCAGCACUGUUGCCCGUUUUAGAGGGAAAUGGACUUCUUUCUGCUGGUUUCAUUUUGUUGCAAU